UCGGUAUAGCAGCCCGCACAGCGCCUGAAUUCGCCUCUCUCUGAUUGCGAUGGUUCGCGCAGGUCUCCUGUCGCGUUUCUUCGGAUGAGUGGCGGAGGACAGUCCCGCAGCGGGAGUAGCUAGAGUGGCGGAGCAGCGUAUCCUAGCGUUCGGCGUUCAAUAGUCCCGCACGAGAUGACGGUCUUGCGCUCUCGUCUCUUUCUCGCAUCUUUCAAAUUCCCUGUGCUUGGAAACGCAGUGCGCGUAUACGGAGCUGAUUUGCUCUGCACUAAACAUGUUAUGUACUCCGUAUACUCGGGA